AAUUACGGUGGGGGCUAAAUCUAGCUCUGGCAUCUCGUUAGCUAAUUAGGUUUUUACGCCUGUUUUUUAUUCUGCUUGUUUGAAAAACACUGUAACAAUUAUUUCACACGUUCUUUCGUGUAUUUCAAAGCAUUUCCAUCACAGCAAAAUGUACAUAUAUGGUAUAAACUAUUCUAGACAUGUCGACAACCUUAGCUUAAAGUACGGAGAACGAGCCCUUAAUUAUUAAAUAUCGUGAGUCUUCAAGCUCCUCGCGCAUCUAAUCGAGAACUGUGCCGGAAGGAUGUAGGCGGGAAGGGUCAAGCACACCAGGAAUCAAUUGAGAAGCAACAACAACUGCAUGGCAGAGGAGCUCGAAAAGUGCCAAGAUGCACUUUGUCGCCUACAGAUUGAAAAAGAAUCAGAACAAAACAGAAGAAAGAAAGAAGAGGAAUGCAGACAGAGAAAUUGAGAGAAAUAUGAGAAUGACCUUGGAGCAAGCAGCAAAACAAAGAGAAGAGGCAGACAUAAAACGGGAGGAAAGGAUGAGAAUGAUGUUGGAGCAGGCAAGGAGGGAGCAGAGAGAAGAGACAAAAAGGGAAAUGGAGGAAAAGAUGACAAUGAUUUCGAAGCAAAAAACAAAUGAUCCGGAGCAAGGAGCGGCUGAGGAACUGUUGGGAACUGUAGCCAAAGCAACUGGUACGUUCGUUGAUCGAACAGCUGGCACUGCGGUCAAGAAGGUUGUUUCAAAGUGUUCUGUCAUUUGACUUUGAACUCAUUACUGGAUGUCUGCAUGCUCUGUGAUAUUGCAGUAUUCGUGUAGAAAUUGGUAUUUUUGAAUUCUGUUGAAAAUGGAAUAAACCUUGUUA